AAAGUAACCACUUCCACACUAUAAUAACACCAAACUAUUUCUUAUAUUCACUGAGAGAAACAUAACACAUUCUAGAUACAAAUAUAUGUAUCAUAAAAAUUUACCUUUGAACUAAUUACAUGAAGUCCGUGUAACAGAUUUUAUGUUUGGUUUUAUGAAAAUAUAUAUUUGCAGCUGCAACCUGACAUCAUAAAUGAAACAGUUAGGAAUAAACAGAUACACUCACGCACAUUAAAAACGCCCAAUUCAUACAUUUGUUAAGAUGAUAUUUUACAUUUUGUAUGACGUGACUUAAAGCACAAACUACACGUGCAUAGGUCCACAAAAAUACCACAAAAGAAACUAUUAUACUGGAUCGAGUGAAAUAUUAAAAAUAUUUUGUUUGCAACUUACGUAUUCAAAUCAUUGCCAUAUGAUAUGGACGAGGCGUUUUAAAGUCCUUAAUAUAUUUAACAAACUUAUAUCUACUCAUUUUUUUUUCAAUGAUAGAAACAUGCGCACGUAUCUCAAACAUGGCUUCCCUGAACAAUAUUUAUCCGGAUAAGUUAAUUAUAAGAAGAUUAUGGAUGCCGGUGAUGACAAAAUGUCGUACAACAUAUUAAUCGAUGAUAUGAUACAAGAUUUGGGAGGAUGUGGUCGUUUUCAAUGGGCAACUUCUAUAAUUGGGCAAUCUUCAAAGAUUAUUUCUGCUUGGAGUAUGCUUGCCAUGACUUUUAAUGGGCAACAACCCAAUUUCAUGUGCAGAAGUGCAAAUCAAGAAUACUCAAUGACCAGUGAGAAGAGUUUUGAUAAUAUGUGCAGUCCAGAUAACAUCACAGAAUGUGCUGGUUAUGUAUUCAAUGGCGACAUGAAUACUGUUGUUAGUGAGUGGAACCUUGUAUGCAAUACCAAAUGGAUAGCCGCUUUUAUCACCACAAUACAGAUGUUCGGCAUGCUUAUUGGUUGCUUCAUUUCCGGGCAUUUUGCAGACAUACUUUGCCGGAAGCCAACAUUUUUUCUGUCGCUUUUAAUUUUGAUUGCGUUCAAUGUGAUAGCAUACUUUUCCGUAAAUUGGCAAAUGUAUUCGGCUAUCAGAUUUAUUCUUGGCAUCGGUAUGGGUUUCUUCCUGACGGUUCACUACAACAUCAUGACUGAGUUUGCUCUAACCAGAUGGCGUCCUCGUAUAGUGGCAGUUCCAGCUUGGGCGUUUGAAGCAGGUCUGUUUGCUCUUGCAGCAUGGGCAUUGAAGGACUGGAAGAAUUUACAUUUAGCAACUGCUGCUAUUGGCGUACCGUUUUUGCUUACAUAUUGUAUUGUUCAAGAGAGUGCUCGUUGGCUUGUCACCAAGGGACGCUAUGAGGAUGCUGAAAAAGUAUUUUACACGAUAGCCAAAAUAAACGGCAAACCGAAACCAGACACUAGUAAAAUUAUGAAAGAAGCGUCUAAAACUGACUGUUUUAAGACGAGUGUACACUACACUGCUCUACAUCUCUUCAGAACACGAGAACUCAUCAAGACAACCAUUGGCCUUCUGUUCAUAUGGAUGUCAGUUAGUUACUCGUAUUAUGGUCUGACGUUUGGAAUUAACAGUUUGUCUGGAGAUCUGUUUCUGAACAUGUUUAUGAUGAAUAUGAUAGAGACACCUGCUUGUUUCUUAGUUAUGUAUUUUGUAAACAGAUUUGGACGGAAGUACUGUUGCAUGUUUUUCUUUAUGUUUACUGGCGCUUGUGGAAUUGUUGUUGGUAUCAUACAGUAUGUUGACACUCCGCAGCGAGGUGCUGUCACUAAUGUAUUUGCUUUGGCUUCUAAAAUUGGGUUAUCAUGCGGAUGGAUUUGCUUGAUUGUUUAUACAACGGAAUUAUAUCCAACUGUAGUAAGAACAAUUGCCUACGGUCUGCACAAUACAUCAGGAAGAAUUGGAGGAAUGAUUGCUCCCCAAAUUGUGUUCUUGGUACGUACAACGGUUUUAACAUCACCAAAUUUUGACCCUGAAUGAUGAAAUACCAAGGCUGAUGUAUUUUCUCAGCGGUAUUCUGAUCAUUGCUUCAAGUCUCAUUUGCUGCCUGUUCUCGGAAACUAAAGACAAA